AUGGAUCUACAGUACUCCUGGCGCACAAGCAGCUUUGGAAGCUUUGACCGUUUCAAGCAUCACUCAAAGACAGAUGAUUCAGCAGAGGUAUCUGAGUUGGAGACUAUAAGUGAUAUUGGAGAUACAGUUCAAACUAAAGCAGCAAAUAAUGGAGGAAGUUUGGGUAAGAAGAUGAGAGCCAUUUCCCUUACCAUGAAGAAAAAGAUGGGUAAAAAGUACAUCAAGACGCUCUCUGAGGAGACGAAUGAAGAAGGAAAAGAUGACAGUGAUACUGGUGGUGGAAUACACACCGAGAAGGUCUCUCUAAAAACCAGUGACUCCAUGGAAAGUCUCUACAGUUUGAACAGUGGCCAGAGCUCAUCUAGUGGGGUGACCAGCUGCUCAGAUGGAACGAGCAACAGGGACAGCCUCCGUUUUGAUGACGAAGUUCCUUACAGUGGGCCCUUCUGCGGUCGAGCCAAAGUUCACACUGACUUCACGCCAAGUCCUUAUGACACCGACUCUCUGAAAAUCAAGAAAGGAGACAUUAUAGAUAUCAUCUGUAAAACUCCCAUGGGCAUAUGGACCGGCAUGCUGAACAAUAAAGUAGGAAACUUCAAGUUCAUUUAUGUGGAUAUUAUCUUGGAAGAGGAAGCUGCACCCAGAAAGAUAAAGCUGCACAGUGGAAGCAGAAGGACCAAGCCUAAAACACUGCAAGAACUCCUGGACUAUGUCCACCUGCAGGAAUAUGCCUCAACCCUAUUGCUAAAUGGCUAUGAAACUUUAGAGGACUUAAAGGACCUACAGGAGAGCCAUCUGAUUGAAUUAAAUAUUUCAAACCCAGAAGACAGGGCAAGAUUAUUAUCAGCAAUUGAAAAUUUACAGGACUAUGACACUGACCAACAGCAGAAAAGUGAGAGUUGUCAGGAGUCAAGGAGCUUAAGCCCUCAUCACAGCUUUGACAAAUCACAGUUAAAUGACUGCCCAAGAGAUUCUGGCUGUUACAUCUCAUCAGAAAACUCAGAUAAUGGUAAAGAAGAAGUAGGCCCAGAAACUUUGUCUGACAUGGUGCAGUCAAUAACAAUCACCGAGUGAAACUGAUUCAGUCCUCCUGCUUUUCUGCAGAUUUUCAGAAAAGACAAACAUAUUUGCCAGUAUGAAGGCGCAGAAGCAGAACACAAAAUCCUCUCAACGCCAAAAAUCUACUUCUGUCUGAUGUAUGAUGCUCUAGAUUGUUUAAUAUGUGGACACUGGACAGCUAAAUGUUAGCUGACAAUA